AUGGUGUUCGGGUGUUGUUGGUCGUUGAGUUCCGUUAUACGCUCGAUGUCGUUCAUUUCCACGGCGUAGUUCGAGAAAACGCCGCGCGGUAUUUCGCGGCGCCGUCGUACGGCUCGCCGUAUUUCUCUCGUACGUCUCUCGGGUUUCGCUUCGUUUUCUUUUUAUUUUCUUUUUUUUCUUUUACGUUCCUCGCAAUCCCGUGUGGCCAGGCCCUGGCGUUCCUUCCGGAGCCUGGCGGAAAGGUGAAAGUAAAUCCCCGCGUCGGUGGAGCUCGUGCUCGAAUGAAUGCUCGAGGGAAGCUGGCUGUUCGUCGCGAGGAUCGCGUACACAUCGGGCACGCGACAUAGUCGUUGUGUUGCCUGGACACCCCGCACCUCUCCUGUUCAGAACAGGGAGAUCCAGAGCUGGGGUUCGCAAAAACUGAAAGCUAGAUCGCGUCUCCUCCGCCGGGUAUCGUUUCAACGGGAACGACACGACGACCAGUGGCACGUCCGGGACCAGCAUGCUCCAUUACCAUAGUGGAUAGCAUUUGCCGUAGUACAACGGAUCAUCGCAUGCUCGCACGUUACCGUCACGGGCAGUUCUGUUCCACAAUAAGGAAAAUGUCGGGAAUGGGUAAAAGGACUUACCUUCGCGAGGUAAAUCCCUAUCUGAUUUGUCCGUUGUGCAGAGGAUACCUUAUAGACGCGACUACCGUCGUCGAGUGUUUGCAUUCGUUUUGCAGGAGCUGUAUUUUGAAGCAUCUCAACACGGAGGCCCAUUGUCCCUCGUGCAAACAUGUUCUCAACAAGGCGAAACCGAAUAUCAAAGCGGACAAAGCGUUACAGGAUAUCGUGUAUAAAUUGGUUCCCGGAUUGUAUCACAAAGAGAUGCGCAAAAGAAGAGAGUUCUACAGGAAGCAUCCGGAGCAUGCGGAUUUUGCGACUCCGGAGCAACGCGGCGAAGACGUAAGCGGAAGGUUGAUUUUUGCCCCAGAGGACGCAGUUAGUUUGAGUUUAGAGUACAUACCACCUGGAGCAGAUCCUCUAACUAUUCUACUUAGUACCAACGACGAAGCGAGUAAUUUGAACGGAUUGAACAACCAAAAUAACAACAACAACAAUAAUAAUAGUAAUAACAAUCCCGCGAGCAAUCUUAACACAAGUACAACGAGCAACAGACGGUACCUUCAGUGUCCCGCGCUGGUGACUAUCGCGCAUCUAAAGAAAUUUCUAGCCCUGAAAUACAGCGUCGAUAUGACGAGAUACACCAUUGAAAUUUGCCAUCGGCGUGCUCCGCUUCCGGAACACUGGACCCUCAUGGAUGUUGCUUACAUUUACGCUUGGAAAAGAAAUGCGCCUAUGAGAUUUUUUUACCGAGUAGCCUUAGAGGAGCAAAGAUUAGAGGCACCUCCAAACGACAGACCGUCGACCCCCGGAUCAGGUGCAAGCUUACCUCCAGUCGGCGCUGCCGUUCCCGCUCAGGACAAUAUUAACACGGAAAAUACCCGAAACAACGCGGAAUCUAAGUCGGAAGUCGAUCAAAUAAACAACCGUGGCGAACGGCCCCUUCUGAAUAGUAAAAACGACAUUUCAAUCGAAAAGUCACGAGUUCCAAAUGAACAGAAGCUCGAUGCGAAAGCAGAGAAAGUUGAGACGAAAGUGGAGCAACAGUUGAGCAGUACAGUCGUGUCGACAACGGUCACGUCGGCGACGAUUUCGGCUUCCACAACGAACACAACAACGACAACCACGACGGUAACUAAUACAACUCCGUCUACGGCUUCUUCGUGUAACGAGGGUAACAAACAGAUUAAAACGCCUAUUAAGAUAUUGAAGAAUUCAGACGGGCGUUACGAAGUGUUGAGAAGCCCAUCUAUCAACUGGAGCUCGAAGGAACAAAGCUCCGCGAUCACGGAACCAAAAUCAUUCAGCCCUGAGUUUAGCGUGGUCAGCAUAGGCAACGGGCAGAACUCAAACGGAGUGAAGAUAACGUUAAAGCAGUGCACACCGACCAACACGAGCCCGUCGAAACCUAAGGUUAUCAGCAACGUUUUGUUACAUUGCGGUGGUCAAGUAGAGAAAGAUACCACGAACGCUAUAGUCAUCCAACAGAUCCAGAGGGACAGAGAAAAGCAACAAGUGGACAAGCAGGAGAAACAAAGACGCAGAGUCACGUUCAUGGAACGUUUGACCCCUGAGAAAACUACGAAUAACGUGCUGAAAACCACGUUGAAGAAGCCAGGUGAACUACAAGAGAAGAAACAAUUCCUUCAAGGAUUUCAGUUAACCGCCAGAGAAUCGUGUUCUUCCGAUGUACCAUCGGAAUCGAGAUCUAAAUCGGCCGAGGCAAGUGCCAGUGGUGAAUCGAGCAACGCUCAGAGUAAGAGUGACAGUAGUCCGGCGAAAAAGGAAGAGGAUAACGUUAAGGUCGAGACAUCGCAGAAAGCCAGCACAGAAGGGAAAAAUAAAAAUAUCGUCGAGAAUUCUACUGGUGUUAAUGCAAGCGGAAGCACCACGAACGCGAGUAAACGCGUGGCAACCGUGAGCGGAAUUAGCGGCAAUGCGCGAGUGAACGCGAACAAACAGUGCAGUGACGUAGAUGCACGCGCAUUUAGUUACACAAAGAGUUCGGGUGCGACCACCGUGAACAUCAACGCUAACAACAACCCUGCAAAGGUUGACGUGUAUACUUUCUCCAACGACCCGCCGGUGGUACCAGCAGGCGCGGUCAAGAGAAAAUGUCCACCAGGGCUGCCGAUCUUUGAUGUCAAACGAAAAAGGCAGCAACAGAUUCAAACGCAGACCACAAAGAAGCAGACACCCGUUUCUUCUCCUACUUCCCCUCUGCCUACGCCAGUGCAAAACAACGUGAAAUCACCGCGGAAGCUUACGACCGAUCACGUUAUUUCUGCGAAGAGACCCUCAAACCUGAUCGGAGACGCUGGUCCUAGUCGAACGCCGAUUAGUCAAAAUUCGAAGCCUACAUCGAACCCGAUGCUCUCAAAUGACACGCGAAACAUCUUGGAUGGCUGUGGACUAAAUAUUCCAGCGAGCUUGAGUAUAACUCUUACUGCACCGAAAUCUCCCGGUAGCAGUAGCGGAUUUGUCGAGCCGAACGAUUCCAAAGAUAAUCGAAAGAACGCCCUGGGAAAGGUGAGUCCUAGUAUCACUCUGAACGAUCGAUCCGUUGAUCCGCGGGUAUUGAAAGCACUGAAGGCUGGACAAAUAAGGAUGCCAGCACCACCAAAACCGAGGCAAACCAAGCAACCGGAACGGGAAAUGACACAACAACGACAGACGCCUUCCGGAAAACGGAAAAGAGAACAAGACUCUAGGGAUAUCUUGGAUCUAAGCGGAGGGAAGAAAGUUGAUAUGCAUCCAUUGAGAAUACCACAACCAGUUACAAAGCUGAAGGCAAAACCUUCGGCCAGAGACAAUGUACCGAAUUUAUCGGAUCAGGGACAAAUGGUGACUUUAAUAGGUGGUCACAAAUACUACCGAGCACCGCCUGGUUCAUUAACUCCUGCAGCCCAUCGAGUAAGCGAUUGUCCGAUGCCAACUCCAACGCGUACUCCAGUCUACGCCCCAGGACUUUCCAGCCCUAUGAAUAGCAGCCGAUCGAACGCCCAUCUCUCGUCUGUUUUCCCAAGUAUACAGAGCCUGUACGCCUUGAGUCAAGCGCCAAAUCUCCAACAGUUUCAGAUGGACGCUAGAUUGAGGCUACCGCGGCCAACAGAAGCGAAUUCCUCCGGCAUUCACACUGAUAACCGAACCGUGAACAGCAACGUACCCGGGAAGAGUCACUUGGCUGCUCAAUGCGCACCAGUGAAGCCAGCCAGAUCGUCGGUUGCACCUUUGGCGGUACCAAUUAGUAAACAGCAGCAAUCAAAUGAUAGAUCUGCGGCUACCGCUUGUUUGAAUCGUACUCUCACCUCUAACGAGAUAAACAAGGCACCACCACCGUUUCGAAAUAACGAACAUCCGGAUUCUACCGAUACUGGUCAACAAUUGUCCGUCCAAACGAAAUAUCCUCCGACCGCGGAUGGUAGCAAUCGGUAUUCACCGCAAAGCUCGAGCGUUAAAGACUCAAGCUUUCACAGCUCAAGCUUCGAACCUUGA